AUGUCGACCCAAAAGGCUCUCCUCCUCCCCGCGAAGGGCAGCAGCUGGGAACUCGGCCAGUCUCCGAUCCCGAAGCCCGCCGCGGACGAAGUCCUCGUCAAGAUCUCCGCGACGGCCCUGAACCCCGUCGACUGGAAGAUCCGGAAGCACGGCUACUUCGUGGCCGAGUACCCGUUCGUCUCCGGCACGGACGGCGCGGGCGUCGUCGAGGAAGUCGGCGCUGGCGUCACCACCCUCGCGAAGGGCGACAAGAUCUUCUUCCAGGGCUACUUCACGAACCCGAAGGCGACCUUCCAGGAGUACUGCGUCGUCCCCGCGGAGAUCACCGCGAAGAUCCCGGACGGCUUCACCUCCGACCAGGUCGCGUCGAUCCCGCUCGGCCUCGCCACGGUCGUCACCGGCCUCUGGAACCACGACCCGCAGGCGGCAGGCACGUCCUCCGUCGGCUUCCCCGCGCCCUGGGAGGACGGCGGCCUGACCAGGUUCGCGGGCACGCCCGCCUUCAUCCUCGGCGGCUCGUCCUCCGUCGGGCAGUACGCUCUCCAGAUGGCGCGGCUCGCCCAGUUCUCGCCGAUCGUCACGACCGCGUCCCCGCGCAACGCCGCGCACCUCCGCACCCUCGGCGCGACGCACGUCCUCGACCGCGCCCUCGCCCCCGCCGCCGCGCUCGCCGCGCUCGCGCAGGCCACCGCGGGCGCGCCCCCCGCGCUCGUCUACGACGCGAUCUCGUCGCCGGAGACGCAGGCGCUCGGGUACGCGGCGCUCGCCCCGGGGAGCGCGCUCGUCGUCACGCUGCCGGAUCGGGUCCCGGCGGAGCUCAAGGCGGCGGACAGGAGCGUCGUGGGCGUGUUCGGGAACGUGCACGCGCCGCAGAACCGCGCGGUCGGCGUGGAGAUGUACAGGCGGCUGCCCGGGUGGCUGGAGAGCGGCGAGCUUGUGCCCAACGCAGUCGAGGUCGUCCCUGGCGGUCUCGCUGGGAUUCCGGAGGGUCUGGACAGGCUGGAGGCGAACAAAGUCAGCGCGAUCAAGUUGAUCGCGCGCCCGCAGGAGACUGCAUAA